GGGUCCGCGUCGCCGCAGAGAUGGCGCUGCACGUGCAAUGACGGCCCCCGCGCCCCGAGGGUCCCAGGCCUGCGACCCGCGUCCCAGGGAGAGCAUGGAGCGCCCGGAGCCCGAGCUGAUCCGGCAAAGCUGGCGGGCAGUGAACCGCAGCCCGCUGGAGCAUGGCACCGUCCUGUUCGCCAGGCUGUUUUCCCUGGAGCCCGACCUGCUGCCCCUCUUCAAGUACGAGGGCCGCCAGUUCUCCAGCCCCGAAGACUGCCUCUCCUCCCCAGAGUUUCUGGACCACAUCAGGAAGGUGAUGCUUGUGAUCGACGCGGCAGUGACCAAUGUGGAGGACUUGUCCUCGCUGGAGGAGUACCUCGCUGGCUUGGGCAAGAAGCACCAAGCAGUGGGUGUGAAGCUCAGCUCCUUCUCGACGGUGGGCGAAUCCCUGCUCUACAUGCUGGAGAGGUGCCUGGGCCCCGCCUUCACUGCAGCCACGCGGGCUGCCUGGAGCCAGCUGUACGGGGCCGUGGUGCAGGCCAUGAGUCGAGGCUGGGACGGCGAGUAAGAGGCGACCCCUGCCCGGCGGCCCCCAGCUGUCUGUGUCUGUCUGUCUGUCUGUGUCCAAUAUAGCCCAGGUUUUCCUAGGCCUCCCUGCUUCUUGUCCCCUCCAUCAUUCUGGAAAGGCGAUGGAGCAGGGCUGAGUCUCAGCUCCCCCAACCCCAGAACUGCAGAAGGAACUUCUGGGUUCCUCUCUUCCCCAUGGCCUCUUUCCUGCAUGCCUCUGUACCUCUGGUAUCCCUGUUAGCCUUGAGGAAGAGCACUUCUGGUGCCCGAGGUGGCAUGGAACAGGGAAGGGGGUGUGUUGAGAGCACAGGGCUCUUCUUGGGUGAGCUGGGUCAAGGUGAGGGAAGGCGGCGGCAGGUCAGGAGCCGAGGAGUCCUCACUCAGGGCUUCUAGUGGGAGCUCCCCCAUAUUGCCCACAGGACCUGAGCUGUCAGGAUGGAGGGGGCGACCUCAUCCCAGAGAGACCUGAGUCCCAGGCUCUUCCUUACCACCCCACCCUGCAGGGCUGCGUCUUACCUCUGCACCCCUUUCUGCUUCCUGCUUGGGCUGUGGGCCCACAGCUUCUGUCCAUCACCCACGCAUGCCCAUCCGUGGGCAGAUGGGCAGGUGAGAAAGCAGCAGGAAAGGCCCUCGGCCCACUCCCUGCACUGCAUUUGCUCUGUGCUGUGGCUCUAUAAACUCACGAGGAAUAAACCUAUUCUGUGUGCCG